AUGGACAGGUCACUGAGACAAGGUGGCCUCGUUGGGAGGCCCGCUACCAUUCCUGCCUCUUCACGACCGUUCAGAGCCAUAAGCAGCAAACAACUCAUUGCAGCAUUCAAGGAUGUCUCAGGAGGUGGCGGCUUAAUUCUGACGACGAAGGCAGGGGACUUGGCUAGACGGUUGGGACUGGCUCCUUCCCUUGGAGAAAUCGAGGAACUGAAAGCAGUGGCAGGAGAAUACUGUGACAUGUCCACAUUUGCAACCUUCUGCAAAGAGGUGGCGCACUCCAACGACAGCCCAAAGCUCCUGGCAGAAUUGUUCGGCUGCUAUGAUCCUUCUUGCACUGGGAAAGUGCCCUUGCGAGUUGUAAGAAAUAUCCUACAGAAUUGUGGGGAGGUUCUAACCAACGACGAAGUAGAUGCAAUCCUGGAGGAGUCUACUGACGAGGUUGACUACGGGGCGUUCUGCGAGAGGUCAGUUCCGGUUCAGUCUAUUGUGAACGCUGCCGCAGACAGACGCCUCACACAGGACCACUCACUUCCAACCAAGAUUGAGUUUACUGCGGUAAGUUCUUUUCCGCAGGUUGCUGUCGGAGCGGUGAAAAGUACGGAUUAG